UAUUUUUACAAACGUUGGACAUUUUCUUUAAAGUGUAUUUCUGGGGGUUGAUAGACAGUCGCCAGGAUAGCAGAGUAACAGGUCCUCAUUGCGUAUUGGACUGCACCGGACACUACACAGACUGAAAGAUUCCUAAAGAUUUCAUAUGGAGCCGAGUGAGCCCCUUCAUCCAUCUGGCCACCGGACUAUGUGGCUUACCCACCUCGCCCUGCUGCUGCUCCGACUGGUGGUGUCCGCCGAGGGGCUCGCCGCCUGCCAUUCUUUACGCAUGGAUGAUCAGAAAUCCAAGCGCAUCGAGGCCGUCCGCGGCCAGAUCCUCAGCAAGCUCCGCUACGGGAGCCCACCCGAGCCCCCCGCACCGAGCCCACAGCCCGAGGCCGUACCCGCCGAGGUGAUGAUACUCUACAACAGCACCAGAGAGCUGUUGGAGGAGCGUGCGCGUCAGUCCGAUUCUGCGUGCGACCGAGAGAGCAGCGAGGAGGAUUAUUAUGCAAAAGAGGUUCAGCGCAUAGACAUGUUUAAGCAGCGCACGGACACAAAUGCAGUGAACCCUCCAGUCCCCAGCCCGUAUUACAGAGUGGUGGGGUUCGAUGUGAGUGGUGUGGACAGGAACUCCAGCACCCUGGUCAAAGCUGAGUUCAGAAUCUACAGGACACCAAACCCCCAGGCCCACACCUCAGAGCAGAGAGUAGAGAUCUAUCAGGUGAUAAAACCAGAAGAGGCAACAGGUCCCUCGCAGAGAUACAUCAACUCCAGAACGGUUCGCCCACAGACCAAGGGAGCGUGGCUCUCGGUGGAUGUCACAGACACUGUGACGGACUGGCUGGCGCAUAGAGAGAGGAACCUGGGUUUGAAGCUGGGUGUUCACUGUCCGUGCUGCACCUUCGUUCCCUCCACCAACAGCAUCGUGUUCAAUAAGAGCGAGGAGCUGGAGGCGCGCUUCGCUGGUCUGGAUGAUGAGCUGCUUCAGCAGCAGUUGCGGAAGCCAGGAUCAGGGCUGGCUAAGGGCCAGGUAGAUUUUAGUACCAAGACCCCCCACCUCAUCCUCACCUUGCGGCCCAGCGACAGGGUCGACAACCCAGGCAAGAAGACCCGCAAGAAGAGGGCCACCGCAGACACCACCACCUGCUCCAGGAACUCCGACGUGGACUGCUGUCUGCGAUCUCUCUACAUCGACUUCCGCCGGGACCUGAACUGGAAGUGGAUCCACGAGCCGAAGGGCUACAAGGCCAAUUUCUGCUCUGGCAGCUGCCCAUACCUCUGGAGCGCUGACAACCACUACAACAUGAUCCUGCCGCUGUAUAACAAGCUGAACCCUGAGGCGUCGGCAUCUCCGUGCUGCGUACCUCAGGACCUGGAGCCUCUGACCAUUGUUUACUUCAUGGGCCGAACGCCCAAGGUAGAGCAGCUCUCCAACAUGGUGGUCAAGUCCUGCAAGUGCCGCUGAUGCAGGAGCCCAGCGGCGGGCCAGGAGGCGGAACUUUGACUAAAACUACAACAAACUACCACUUUCGGUCCUCAAACAAAAAGGACAGACUGACUAUCUCUAGAUACUCAACCCUUCAUUUCACUGACACAUUUUACAGUCUGGCACAGAUUAUUUUUAUCUCACACGCAUGAAACUCUGAAAAUCGUCGUCAGCAAUGGGUCUUUUCCCCACUUU